UGCAAAAUAAUCGAAUAAUCAAUAACAAUAGAAGUGCAACAGGUUCUGUAACAGCUGUUUUAGUUAACAAUUUGAAUAUUAAGAAUGAUGCGCUCAAAGCUUUUGAGUCUGGUGCCCCGUACCACAGGUGUGUGCCGGCAUAUGUCCACUGCCACAAAGCUGACCACUGUGGCAGUUGAUGAUAAAACUGGCAUCGCUACCCUCACAAUGAACCGGCCGCCCGUAAAUGGUCUCAACCUGGAUUUGCUACGCGAUCUAAAUCAAUCGAUCGGAGAAGUAGAGGGCAACAAAAGUCGUGGCCUAAUAUUGACAUCGUCAAAUCCCAGCAUAUUCUCCGCUGGUCUGGACAUACUCGAAAUGUAUAAGCCAGACAAGGACAGAAUUCGCGCAUUUUGGACCGCUCUGCAGGACGUCUGGUUGGCCCUCUAUGGCAGCAGUGUGCCAACAGCAGCUGCCAUUAACGGCCACUCCCCAGCAGGAGGUUGUUUAUUGGCCACAUCCUGCGAGUAUCGCGUUAUGCUGCCAAAAUUCACAAUUGGUCUGAACGAAACUAAACUUGGAAUUGUCGCACCAAAAUGGUUUAUGUCAUCCUUCCUAAGCGUUCUGCCCCGACGUGAAGCUGAGCGUGCGCUCAACCAGGGACGCAUGUUUACCACAGAGGAAGCCCUGAAAAUUGGCCUGAUCGAUGAAGUUGCCAUUAGCAAAGAGCAAGCCUUGGACAAGUGUGCCCAGUUUAUUGGUACAUUUGCCAAAGUUAAUCCGCUAGCUCGUUCGCUAACCAAGCAGCAGCUGAGGGCUGAUGAAUUACAACAGUUGGAAAAUGAACGUGCCCAGGAUUUGGAAAGGUUUCUGUUCUUUGUAAACCAACCGGCUGUGCAAAAAGGGUUGGGCAUAUAUCUGGAAAGUCUAAAAAAGAAGGCCAAGAAUUGAAUUCGUUGCCUUUGAA